AUGUGCAUCGAGCAUCCGAAGACAGGCGCUUUGGAAGGAUCCGGAAUGGGAUUCGACACCUUCCUCCUCAAGCGAACUUUGGAACAAUUUGUAGAUGAUAUCGCUGAGGAAUCGAAAGAACUAAUUAUCGAGCGUCCCCGGUUUGCAUACGCUGUUCUUGUUGUGGCCGAUGCGACUAGCGGUGAAUUUUGCCAGGCUUCUUGCAUCCGUCAGCUUGAUGUAGAUCUUCAAGAAGCCGUCACCGUCAGGGAGCCAUACUUUGAUGAUGAAAUUGCUCGCGCUCUUCGGCGACUAGAGGAGAGUAACCACCUUUUGGAGGAUGAGUCUGCUCCGCAAGCAGACACCCCUCCUAUGAGCCCCCAGCUGACCGAGCUUGACGCUUCGAAGACGAUGUUGCAGCAUUCUCCCAUUAGGCCCCAAAUUGCUGAGCGCAAAGUGACAAUGCUG